AUGGACGUAACCACCCUGAAGAGUGGUGCUCCUGUACAAGGCGCAGCAAAUACAAAACUCGGGAUGGAAAGCAUCAUCCAAAGUUUGACGGUUCGCGCCGGAAAUGAGGUAGUCACAAAGAUUGAUAACUACCCUGCCUACCUUGUGCAGAGUUACCGGAACUUGAAUAAAGGCAUGAAGCAACUUCUCGGUCAACUCACCGGAUACGGUCGAACGGAUGUGUUUGCUGGAACUUCUACCGCGGCAAUCUCCAUGCACCCCACUAUCGGAUUUUUCCACCCAACUAAUGACCAGUUCCUGCCAGUUUGGGCACUUCCUAAUCAAGCGAUGACCAUCGAGUUGGUGCUGGCCGAUCCAAACACUGUUUUCACCUCGGUUGGAACUGUUGAUGAGAUACAAGUCUCGAACAUUCGUUGUUUGAUCCCCUACGUGACGCCGCCUCCAUCCAUUGUAGUGAACGCGACGAGGGCCAUCGCAGACAGUAAGAGCAUCUAUUACGAUUACGUCCGUGCUACUCAAACUGAGAAUGCAUCUAGUGGUGGAUUGCGUAACACUUAUUCACUCCAUAUGUCGGGUGUCAGAAGUUUGAUUGGAUUCGAAGCGUCCUUCAUCGACGACGAUGUGUUGGCCGAUCCGACGAAAGACAAGAGCGAGGCUUUCUCCGAUCAAGGUCUCCGUGAAUGGAGGCUUCAAUUGGGACCUAACCAGACGAUCCCUAAUGGAGUCACCGGAUUCACCCAUGGGCCUUAUGAUCGUCAAACUUUGCUUGUGUCUCAACUUACAAACAACGACUGGAAUCAACUCGGAGAUCUUGAUAUCAAUGUGGCCGAUUAUAACAACAAAAACUUCUCCUUUGCGUAUGCCUUCGCUGAUAAGAGCGAAGGGAGCCAAGCCGCACUCAGUUUUACAGAUCUAGCGACGAAAACCAAUUAUGUCAAACCGGUCCAUGAACAGCCAAUCAGUAGUGCGGAUAUCCUUAAACUAUCCGCCCAGAAGAAUUACUCUCAAGCAUAUAAGGAUGGGAUCGAAUAUCUCAAAGCGGAGAAGGAUUAUCGGGCAAAGGAACGUUACCUCGACAGCAUAACCCCAAGCCGAAGAAAUACGACCCUUGUUUCAACCUCUACAUCAACAUCUGGGCUUCCUGUUCCCGAUACUGAAGGAAGGGUUUAUAACUAUGACGCCGCAACGACACCGAUGACCGGAAUGAUGUUUGAAGCCCCCGCGAAUCUACACGAAGUCCCAGAUCUCCCUAAGAACAUCGCCGGAUAUCAGGAACCUAUGAUGCCAGGAGCGUUUCCUAAUAUGAUUGGGCCGGACGAGGUAAAGGUUGAGGCAAUGUCACCAGAGAUGAAGACGGAAGAAGUUAAGAUCGAUGCUAAGCCUGAGAUAGCCCUCACAACGAUUACCGAUCCGGCCAAGGUUGAGGAAGCCAUAUUGAAAUCUGAAGUACGCAAUGAGUCUUUUACAACACCAGGACUUAGGGAACUCUCAGACACCCAUCUGAGUUCGCCUGUUGUUUCGGGCAACAUGAAAGCGUAUUCAAACAACGCUAAACUAUCCGGCUUUGAUUCGGGUCAGUUCAACAGACUAAUGAACAAAAACGGACUGUUGUUGGUCAACGAUGUUAAAACGGAAGAUCCGGUAGAACUACAGACAGAUAAGGGUGUGUAUACAUUAGGUGUGAAGAUCAAGGAGUCUGAGGAUUUCUCUAUCGAUAGCACAGGCCGCCUAGAGGUCAUCCCCGAUGUGCCAGAAUUUCCUCUCCAGAAAACUGACAAGACAGUUUCAUUGCUCAUAGAUUCACCGCUCGGGGUAACUGAAAACGGCUUAGGGUUGGCGCAUGAUACAAGUUUGAAAGUCACGGAAGACGGGUUGUCCGUAGUGUUCCCCGAAGUAGAGUUGGAAAAUCUCUCAGAACCCCUCUCUAGAGACGAACUUGGUAUUAAACUCGAUAUCGAUGAUACUCUAGAUGUAAAGAACGGCUUAUUGACAGUCGUUCCAGAAAUCCUAAAAGCACCUUUGACGCGUGACGUGAUCGGUAAUAUCACAUUGGAUUAUGACCAUUCGCUUCGAACGAUCGACGGGCAAUUAAGUGUUGUCCAAGAAAAUGUAGAAGCCAUCGUUGACGAAGCAGUGAAGGUAGCAAAACCGCUUUCGAAAGAUGCAGACAAGGUGAUCCAUCUUGAUCAUGGAAAAGGCUUGAAACUCAGUGAUGAAGGGAAACUGGUGACAGAUGUUGAUACCGUUAUUGUGGGAAGAGGUGCGAUUAGCAACGAUAAGGCAAGGAGUUUGGCUCUCGAUGAUCUCAUGCAAGAGGGGUUUGAUUCUCUCGCGGAUUUCUUAGGAUCUGAUACAGAUGUGGAUACUACGGUUAUUCGUCUUAAAACUACAGACGACUUCCAACAAACAGGAAACAAACUUGCAAUUCGCUCGAAAGGCAUGGGACAGAUUCCAUUCUACUCUGCUCUAAGCGGAUUCAAUGGAGACAGCAGUUUUACCUAUAAUGAGACGCUCAAUCAAAUGAAUGUUCCACAUCUUUACGUGAACAGCAACUUCAACCCCUCGAAUAACGAAGUGCCAACAUCCGCGUAUGUAGAGCAACUGUAUCAGGCAGGAUCAGGGAUUGAUAUAUCUGGAGUAUCGAAUGGUCGAAGGACUGUUGAUGUAAGAACAGAUGCUAGUCUCGCUAUCGAUAGCAGCCAGAAUCUAAGUGUCAAUGUCUCGGCCUUAUGUGAUAACAAAGGUAUCCGAGUCGUGAACGAUAAAUUGGCGAUUGGGCUCACCUUCCAACAGGGCAACGGUGGAUUGAAGAUAGAAAAUCAGAAUCAAGUUAAACUUGCUCCCUCCGUAAGUGGUGCAAUCACUUUUGAUGGUAACAAUACAUUCGGCGAUAAGCUGACUGCAUCAAAUGGAGUCAAACGUGUUGAGAAUGAUCUCCAACUGGAUCUUCAUGCGGGGGAUAAUACCGUGACAGUAACUAACAAUUCGAUAAAGGGUGCGUAUACAGGAUCUAAUGGAGUGUCAGUUACGGGAAACACUAUUUCCGGGGCCUACACUGCUGGAAACAACAUCUCGAUAUCUGGGUCAAGCAUUAGUUGCACAUAUCAACCUGAGCCGGAAACUCCUACUGUCAUCACUGGUGCUUUACCUAUCAUUGUUACCGGAGCGGAUAAGGAAUUCAACGUGUCCAAGCAGCCUUUGGUUAUAACUGGUGGUUCCGGAAUCCUCGUUGUUGGCUCCGAGGAAACCGGCUUCAAUAUUUCUUCCAUACAGCCCUACAAGAACCGAAAGGAAGAUGAUGAUCCGGAAGAGAAAAAUGAGGAGUCCGAGCCGUCUGGAGAAACGUCGGGGGACUUCUCGGAGGACCUGCUGCAGCAGCCGGAAUCCUUGGUGGUUUCAUCGCUGCAAGUGGUCGAGAAAGAAAGAACCAGAAAGACGCAAAUGGUAACAAUGUAG